UUUGUCAUUUUAUAUCAAACAGCUCCAAAUUAAAUUGCAUUUGUUUUCAAAAUUUACAAUGGCUUCCAUUGGAUUGUUUAGUGUUGAAUCAAUGAAAUUGGUUUUGUUUUCAAUAGUUUCAUAUUUUCUUUACGUUUAUCUAUUGAAACCUACUCUAAAUUUUGUUCGAAUGGUCAUUCAUUAUCAUGGAUUUCAUUGUUAUCCAAAACACUGGCUUUUUGGCCAUGGGAAGGAAGUUUGGCCAAAUUUUCCGUUCCCCAUCGAAACUAAAAGGCUCGCAAUGAAUUUGUACGAAUUUUUCCCUAAAAUUAUUGGCCCAAAUCAAAACCUAACAGUUUUAUGGAUUUCAAUGUUUCCAGUCGUCUUUGCUUCAGGUCAUGAAGCGGUAGAGAUUGUAUUGAACAAGAAACAGUUGAAGAAACCGCACAUUUAUAAAUUUAUGGGUCUAAGAUCUGGACUGUUAACUUCAGAACCUGCAAUUUGGAAGGUUCGACGAAAAUUGAUUGAACCUUUUUUCUCGACUAAAAAGAUGAAAGGCUAUGCUAAAGCAAUAUAUGAAGAAGUCGAAUCGUUUUCUCAACAUUUGGAGGGUGAAGUUGGUAAACCUGUGGACUUGGUCAAUCAAAUACAUACAAGUACUUUGAACAUCAUUUUAAAGUCGACUGCAAGUAUUCCUUUGGAUGAUUUGAUUGAAGAUAAAAAAAUAUUAAUCGAACUUGUUAGUGCAGUGGAAAAAAAUUCAGUUAAACGCGUUUCGAACCCAUUCUAUCAGUUUGAUUGGCUUUUCAAAUUUUUCAAGUUUAGCAAAAUUUAUUACAAGACCAUGGAAGAUGCUGAAGAAAUGAUUCAUAAAAUAUUGAAUCGAAGAAAGCAGCUUUUGGAAAGUUCACCACCAAAUGGACCAGAAGAUCAAGAUUUUGUCCAUUUACUCGAAGACAAAGUAGAUAGAGAAGGACUUCACGAUGAAAUGAUGACUCUCAUUGCAGCUGGACAUGAAACAACUGCAGUGGCCUUACGUUGGCUUUUAUUCAAUCUCGGCAAUCAUUUAGGUGUACAAGAAAAGCUGUAUCAAGAGAUCAUUGAAUUUUUCCCUGAUGAUACACCGGUAGAUGAUAUGGAUAAAAUAAACCAGUGCAAUUAUCUUGACCAAUGUUUAAAAGAAUCACUUCGGUUGAAUCCUCCUGUCAAUGGUGCUGGAAGAGUACUCGAAGAGGAUAUCAUGGUGAAGGAUAAAAGACUUCUAAAAGGUUCCAUUGUUGGUGUAACAUGUUUAGCUUGCCAUCAUGACCCAAGUGUUUAUCCCAAUCCAGAUGAAUAUGAUCCUGAUAGAUGGAACUCUGAAAAUGUCUCCAAAAUACCAAAAGCAUCUUUCAUACCUUUUGGUUAUGGACCACGAAUCUGUAUUGGAUUGCGCUAUGCAAUGAUAGAACUCAAGAUUUAUACAAUUCAAAUCAUUCGUAAAUUUAGCAUAAGAUCAACUCGAAAACACGGAAAUAUUCCGAUUCUGUAUGAAAUUACUUUCCAGCCAGCUUUACCUCUGGAAAUAAUAAUGACACCAAGAAAUGAGAAUCAACAGAAAUUGUUUCAUUGAAAAUCUUAACAUUAUAUGAAUAGAUUUAAUCAUCGGAGAUUUUGAUUUUCAAGAAUUCUGAUGAUAUUGGCGACGAAUCGACUUCGAAUCGAAAUCUUUGAAACUUUUCCUAAACCAUUAACUGUGACCCGUUGUAAGUCUUGGACAAACUCAUCACUGUAUUAAAAUUACUCAACCUAAAAUCACAAG